GGGUUUGUUUCCACGCCCUGAUAUCGAUGGAGUGAAGCCAGAGUUCAGAGCCGACACAGUGGGGUCCGAUACAGGUCAGACGGGUGAAUUUAGUGGCGAUGGUGAUCCUGUCCCGGGGAAAGUGCGGCCUCUCCACCCGCACCACUCGCUACCUGGUGGCCACGGCAGCGGCGGAUCUACUGACCAUCGUGUUUGCGGGGAUAUUGUGGCGGGUCGGUUAUUAUUACUUCCCCGGGACUUUCCUGGACAUCACCCCCGUGUGCAGUGUGAUCUCUGUCCUGGGAGAGGCAGCCACAGAAAGUUCUGUCUGGUUCACCGUCACUUUUACAUUUGAUCGGUUUGUCGCCAUUUGUUCGCAGAAGUGGAAAAUAAAAUAUUGCACCGGGAAAACUGCGGCUGUGGUUCUGACAACAACCGGCGUUUUGCUCUGUUUUAAUAAUGUGCCCGAAUUCUUUAUAUAUCGUCCUGUGAGAGUGGUUGACAAUACACCCUGGGACUGUAUUGAAAUACCGGGCUACUAUACGGAUCCCGGGUGGUCGGGAUAUAACCGGCUUUCUCCCGUCCUAACGCUAUCACUCCCGUUCGUGUUAAUACUACUGUUCAACGCUCUGACAGUCAGACACAUUUUAGUGACUAGUCGCGUCCGUAAGGGGCUGAGGGGUCAGAGCAAGGCGGAGAACCGCAGUGACCCGGAGAUGGAGAGCAGGAGGAGGUCUGUGAUCUUACUUCUCACCAUCUCCUGCAGCUUCAUCAUCCUGUGACCAGUAAAAGUUUCUGAAUUUCUUUAUAACACAAUUGCCGGAUUGGAUCACAAUAAUUACAACGAUUCGGAAUACAUUUUUCAACACACCGGAGACAUGCUGAUGAUAUUAAGUUCUUGCACAAACACGUUUAUUUAUGGGGUAACUCAGUCCAAGUUCAGAGAGCAGUUCAUCAGCGCUGCGAAAUAUCCGCUCAUGUCAAUUAUUCAACUAACUAAUAAACAAAAUAUCUAAGCUCUUCUCAGGGGGGGUUGUGGUGAUUUCCAUCUUAACAUUGCAGAACUGACACCGAACAACAUGUCAGCGGGGAGAAUAAAACUGGUUUAGAGCCCGAGCGAGGCACAACACAGGAAAAUACACAUUCACAUCUUCAGCCCGCGACACCCACCUCCUAUCAAUUAUUGAACUCACCCUAUCUUUUAUGUUUAUUUCCCCACCAUAUUCCGGCUCCUGUCACCGCCAUAUCCCUUUCGGUAAUGAUAAAGCGGGAGAGGAUCCGGGUACAUUCAAGUCCGAAUCGGCAAAAUGGCAUCUCAUUUGUUACUUUAGUCUUUUGCAUCAGAGUGAAAUGAAAAAGCAAAUCAACAGUCUGCAUGAACCUCGCACUUGUCCUUCAUAUUAGAUAAACCUGUCAUGGAGAAAUGAUUAACGCUACAGAAAUCCUGGAUUUGGUUCAUAAUUGUGCAGAUUUCCAUGGAGUAACCAAAUGCUUACUCUGCUUCAAGGAAAAAUGUCACCUCACUUCCUGAUUUUUUCAUAAAUUUCCAUCCAUGCAAACUGCACGUUGAAUCCCACCGACCCCCCUCCCCCGCCCCCGCGUGUUCUCCGCAGCACAAUCGCAUGUUUAACGUUAAUUUUAGUUUUACUCAGUUAAAACUGGUAAAACGUGAGGUAUGGACAUAGACAAAAAACUCAUUUCUCAAUUGCGAUGAAUUUUUGGCCUAUUCUAGCGGUGUUUAUUAUUGUCCUGCAGCUCUAAUUGUCCAUUGUUUUAGUGUACUGACUUUGGGAUGACACCAGUCGUACAUAUGACAACUAUUGGGACGAUUGUUCAUGUAUCGCAGACUUUCAUUUCCCUCUUUCCAGUCGGCAUAUUUCAGGUGUCUUUCACUUACCAAUUUCUGUGUGUUGUGUGUGUCGGAAUGGCUAUACCAAUCAAGUAAAUUGUCUUUGCAUGU